AUGGCAGCGAGGCGGGAAGCUCCUAUGUCUCCCACUGUGCGCCUGCUGAAGUCCAUGGCUGGUGCACAAGGUGAGACUGAAAAGCGGUGGAAGACCCUGAUCCUGUCCAUUGCGAGGAACAACCUGUUCACACCUGGGCUUGGGGGCCCUAUGGUGUUCUAUCCUGUCUUGGGACUGUGCUUUACCCGUGGCAGGCAUGGGAUGAGUCAGGCUCACGGAUACGGUGUUGAAAAGCUUAUGGCCACUCACAUUUUCCCUCUCCCAGAACCUGAUAGGGAAAUUCGAUGCCUUAUUGCCUCUCCUUAUGGGUUAACACUACACAAUCUCCUGAGCCUUAGCAUAGCAAUCUUUAUAAUCCCACCAACCUGGGGGCUUCCUAGGGGAUUUAACAAUCUCAGUUGA